AUGUCAGGUGUUUUUUCUACAGUAGUUAAUUUUACUACUGAACAGUUUCUUAAACGAGCUGGUAAACUAUCAGUACUUGCUGAUAUACAAAAUCAGAGUGAAUCUGGUCAGUUAAGCUGUUCUUUACAGUUUCCUAAGCAUCACAAGCGAUGUCGACAAAGUGCUGCUUCUAAAAACGUAGUUCUGAGUGCGUCUAUCCAUCUUCUCACUUGUGAUAAUAUUAAAAAAACAAUUUGUCAAGCAUAUGAUGAUGCUUAUGAUCUACUAUCUAAGCUUGAUGUUCAUAUCGCUUUGAAGAAAGCAAAACAAACUGAAAUGCUUCAAGUGAGCUCCUUUGUACGAGCUCAGUUUGAUAGAAAAUUUGAAAAGGUCUCCUACGAUGAUGAUGAAUCGUAUUUAUCUGAUAAUGAAGAAUCAAGCUAUAAAUUCAGAUCGGAUAUCAAUACUGCAGCAGACUUAGAUGAUGAUAGUUCAUGUGAUGAUGAAACUGAAAAUGUGUCUUCAAUUUCAGCUAGUGGUAAAUCUCAGUUUCAUGGAAUGAGAGUGUGCGACACUAUUCCUUCCUCACUUGCGAAGUCCUACUUUCGUGUUGAACUUGAUGGGAAAAAAAAAUAUAUUCACAAACAGACAGCCUGCUGGCUUUUAACAGAUACUAAUAAUCGUUUGUCAGCUGAUCGACUUAGACGAGUUCAACAAAGCAGUUCUUAGAUAAAUAAAAAGCUUGUAAGAAAUACUUAGGAAUAUUUUGACAUGAUCAACUUCUGCUAUUUUUUAUUGCUUCAUGUUUCUUUUAUUGAUAUUUCAUAGUUCGCUUUUCCUCUAUGUGAUAAAAAACCAAAAUUCUCUAAUGUCUCAGUUGACUUGAUACCAAUCUUAUUACAAGAUGUAUCUAAACUUCACAUAUCAGUAGAUGUUUUUUUUUAAAUUGACUCUGGUAUUUUUCAGGGCUUAUAUUUGCCUGUCAAAUUCAUGGUAAUGAAUAUCAAAGAGAAAUAGAGCAGUGAACACGGGUUUACCGAAAGAGAUUCACAUGAAAAGAAAAUAGUAGGCACGGGUUUUCCGAAAAAUGCCUAAAAAUCAAUGUAUGGAUGCGGGUUUACCGAGUAUCAUCCGAAGCAAAAAUAGGUAUAAAUAGGCACGAGUAUUCCGUAUAAAACUUGCCUAAAUUGUUUCAAUCCAUUUUGAAUUUUUAAAUUAAAACCACACAUAGCGAACAAAUAAGGAUGCGGGUUUUCCGAAUACACAUCCACCUCUUCGCAGUAGGAUGGUCUCUACGUGCCGAAGAGGAGAAACACUGUCUGAAAGUAGUGGCCAACAAUCCUGCAUCUUUUGGUCAAUCGCAAAAUUAAGAAAUAAAAGAGUUAUGUUAAUAAAAACAGUAAAUUAAAGAAAGUUGGAUCUUCUGAUUCAUUGUUUUAUAGUUUUCUGUUAUUUUCAGAUACAAUGAGGAACCCGCAAGUAUGGUGGAAAUUCCGGAAAUUUUUUGGAGAAUCCUUUGGGAAUCCUGGAAAUCCCAUGGAAAUCUCGGGAAUCCCAUGGGAAUCCUGGGAAUCCCAUGGGAAUCCCGGGAAUCCCGUGGGAAUCCUGGGAAUCCCGUGGGAAUCCUGGGAAUCUUGGGAAUCCCGGGAAUCCGGAAUCCGCCGUUUCCCCCUUGAUUUCGAUACUAGUAACUGCUACAGUGACCAUCACGAUAACGGCUUC